UUGACCUCUGAGAUAAUGCGACCUACGUGUGGCCGUAAUGAGAUAAUUUUCUAGUUUAGACGGUUACUGGACCUCGACGAACAAACAGUGUGAGUUUAAGUGUAAAGAUGUGUACGUUACUUGUUAUUUUCGUGAUUGCUGUCGGGGCGAGUCAAGGACAAACAACACACAAGCCAAUAUAUUGUUCAAGGAUUCCUGAUAAUGCUUUGCCUUGUAUGGGAAACCCGCAACUUGUGGCCAAGGAGCUAUCAUCGCAGUGUUCUCGUGAGGAGGCCGAUGCUGCGUGUAACAAGUACACGUGCACACUGAAUAACGCCGGUUGGCUGGACGAAGGCACGCAGAAGAUCAACAAGAAGAAAGUGGAGGCGUAUUUCGACCAAUACGCCAAAGACCACCCUGGCUUCAGCGCCGCAGUUCUGGCCCUGAAGACUUCGUGCUUGUCCGGCAGUUUGCCACCGCAAGGAGUCCACCUGGACUGCCCAGCUUAUGAUCUCAGUCAUUGCAUCUUCGCUAGUUUUCUGAAGAAUUCUGGUUCCCAGUGGCUGCAAUCAGAAGCGUGUCAGAGCACCAAGAGGCAGGUGGAGAGUUGCCCCUCCUGCCCCGAGGAGUGCUACGCCCCGGCCAUACCCAUCGGCUCCUGCAACGCUUGCUACGCCACACCCCCCACUUCUGGCUAGACUUGGAUGUAAUAAACGGCUUUUUAAAGAAAA